AUGUCGGAUCCCAGCUCUAUAAACGGUGGCUGCGCCGUGGCCAUGGUCGGCAAAGACUGUAUUGCCAUUGCCUGCGAUCUAAGACUCGGAAACCAAUCAUUAUCGCUUGCCAACAACUUCGAGAAGGUGUUCCCGUUCGGAGAUAAGACGUUUUUGGGGUUGACGGGCUUGGCGUCCGAUGUUCUUACCCUCAAGGAGGAUUUCAGAUUGAAACACAAUUUGUACAAGUUGCGCGAGGAGCGCGAGAUCGAGCCGGAGACGUUGGCCAACUUGGUCAGCUCGUCGUUGUACGAGAGGCGGUUUGGGCCGUACUUUGUUGGCCCCAUUGUGGCUGGAUUACAUAGCAAAACCAACAAGCCGUUCAUCUGUGGGUUUGACUUGAUUGGGUGCAUUGACUUUGCCAAGGACUUCAUUGUGAGCGGCACGGCCAGCGAUCAGUUGUACGGUAUGUGUGAGUCGUUGUACGAGCCCGACUUGGAGCCCGAGGACUUGUUCGAGACCAUCAGUCAGGCGUUGUUGAAUGCGGUCGAUAGAGAUGCGCUUUCGGGCUGGGGCGCGGUGGUGUACAUUGUGACCAAGGACAAGGUGGUUAAGCGGGUCUUGAGAACACGCCAGGAUUGA